AUGACCCACGCCGACUCUGGGAACGCCGACACCCACUACCAGGCAUUCCGCGUGCCAAGCGAAAAGGAAGUCAUCUUCUUCCCCGUCUUCCAACAUCCGAUUACCAAAGACCUCUAUGUCAUCUGGUCCGACAUCACAAACUGUUUUCCGGAGGCGACUAGGAUUCAGUUCAGAAAUGUCUACGUCCCCAUGCUGAGGGACUCCCGACUCCACAGGGUCAAGCCGUUCGGGAUCAAAUACCACCCCGGAGUCGUGCUGGAUAUCAUCUUUGGAAAGAGGCCAACCGGCAGGAAGUAUCGGAGCAGCAGAGAACACCAGAGUAUUAACUCCAGUAUUGACUAUCCUGCAGCUGCAGCGGUCGCUGUUGGAGAGGUGCCUGGCCAGAGUGCGGAUCAUUCUGCAGGAGACAAGAAUGGCAAGGAUGAUGUCGGCGAUCGUGCCGGAGGAGAGGGAGAGGCAGAGGCAAAGAUGACGGAGGACCAGGAAGACAGGGCAGUUGGACUGGAUUCCAUGUUGAAGGGGAGCACCGAUCAGGCGGCUCUCGUGUCCGUGCCCAAUAUAUCCCCGGCAUCGGACAGAGAGGUACUGGAGAAGGGAGAAGGGGCGCCCGAGCAGGAGGAGGACUUGACGACGAAGGAGCAAAAGGAGGAACAGGAACGAGAACGGGAAGAGAAGGAGGAGCAGGGGCAGGAUGUGACCACACCAUACGCGCAAGCGAUGCCAGUCGGUAAUGUUCGUCCGGAUCUACCAUUCACUAUCGAGGACUUGAUCAGGCAUCGUGUCAAGAAUAUCAUGGAGGCUCGGUACUCCUGGGCUCAGUGCAGCGGUCACUCGAGAUUCUUUGUCCUCCUUCCCGUCCUAGAGAGCAACCUACGUCCACCAGGAGCUGCCUCAACAUCAUCUACAGCAACGACACCAACCACUACUGCAACGAGCUCCGUACCAGGAAUUUAUAACAAAACCAAAUUUCAGCUCUAUUUCCUCUGCGACUGUGGCGGCCUCCCAGAAGCAAAGGAUAAAGCCAACCCUCAUUGGAUCGACAAGAACGGCAGGAUACCAACCAGCUUGCCGGCAGUCAAGGACCUUAACCAACAGCAACUUCGAGCGCUCAUCCCCAUCGUUGGCGACUAUGUGAUGGGUAUACUCGAGAUGCUCAAGUAUGGAGUCUACAUAGAGCGUAUUCCUCAGGACACAGCCCAGCGUGUCUCUUUGGCGAUCAAGUACCUGGAGUCAAAAGGAGUGCAGUCGUGCGAAAGUCUUAUCGCCGAGAUAUCCUCAAACCCCACUGUUCCCGCGACAGAAUCGCUGCUGGACCGACUACCACCUAUCGCCAGUCUGGUUGAAAAGGCAUUGGACGCAUUCGGGAGCAAGCUCAGUCGCGACCCUAAUGGACAAUACUCCGUCAUGUACCCGCUUAGGACGGUGAGAGGUGACGCUCGUUGGAUGUGUGGGCGUCAUUGGAUGAGCACAUGGUCCGACGUGGCGUUGUAUACAAAGGCCCUCACCUUUCACCAGGAACCAGAGUCUCCGGAGGGUUCAUUCACUCCCCUCUAUGGCAUUUUGAGUUCUCGGAUCACGACGGUGAAGAGGGCGCUGCAGUUUUUCGAGCUGGCACGGCAAUUACCUCGGAAUCCUGUGUUUACGGUCUGGCUGGAUUGGAACUUAACGGUGAAGGAUGAGGAAGAGCUUGCCCAGGCGAUCGGUGGACUUUCUGCGGCAGUGGUCCAUAUCCUCGUUCGGGUCAGGAGCAAGCCUCAGGACGAGAUCGAUGCAGGAAUGGCGUUCGGGCAAUUGAGGUUGACGACGGCGGCUCUACGGAAUUCAGAUAUCGAGAUGUUUACGCUGACGGAGGCUGAUCCUGAGGGCAAGUACAACUAUCAGGAUCUUCCCACAGAUAUGACUUAUCGACAGUCGUAUGGGCCGAAAGCGGGAACUCAGAUCACUGUGGUUAGUCGACACGAGAGAGGCGGAAGGAUGGCGGCAGCAGUGAGGGGAACCGAUGCGGAUCUUGCCCUUUCCACAAUUCGUCGUGUCACCGGAGGGUUCCACCAUUUCGCUGGCCUGCGGUUUGGACACAACGAACACCAUUUGAUCGUCAAGUUUGGGGGGACCAAGGAAGGAGAGAUAGUUGGAUCCGAUGUCGAGAAGGAUACGGACUUUGCCAACGGCGACAUGAUGUCGUUCAUUGAGAAGCGGCAGUGGAAGGAUGAGGUCUACUGCACGUCGGACAUUGACUUUGGGGCCCAGUUCUUUCACCUUGGUUACCUGAGCAAGGUGAUCAUGAGGUUCUCGCGCGAUAGUCAUUGGGCCGAGGUGCGUGAGGUGAUCGUGUCAAACAAGCACCUCAAUGCCAUCACGCUGGACUGCCAGAUGCCCGAUUUUGAUCCCAGUCAGGUCUUUGAGACCUACAAGGACCUCCUGUCCGACCACCCUACCAUCGAGAAGUUCCAGAUCCAUUCCGGGAUGCACUCGGCAGAGGUCACAUCCACCUUCACAUGGAGGAACCCCAACGACCCGGCCAAGACACGAGUGGAUAUCACCUGCUGUCGAUGCGACGAUGUCGAAGCAAUGUUCCAGCGGUAUGCACCUAUGAUUGAGCGACUUGCAUUAGAGGGGAUCGACGCGACGGAUGCGGCAGCCAUGUUAAAGUCGAUGCGACGCAAGAAGAAACCCCUUGCUCUUAAGUACCUCUCCGUCAAGGACAUUCAUCUGCUGGAACCUACCGUCCGCGAAAUCCUACAGGAAGUUAUCCUCAAGGGAGCCAUGGAGGAUGUGAUCAUUCGCGGAUCGGUCACCGCUCAGGCGGGGAGGAAGGAGAGCGUGUCGAAGGCCAGGUUGAUGGCGAAUGUCAAGAUCUGGGCCGAGUUUUUGUUUGCAGUCCGAUCCAAGGUGACCGAGCUGGCCGUGCAGGACAGUCCCAAGAGACGAUUGCUCCACGCGAUGGAGUCGCUGCCUGCCGUAUCGGUGGAGAUGCCUCGGUUGACGCUAUUCCAUCUCACAUGUGCCACUCAAUCGGGCUUGCUCGAAAGUCCUUGGCUGGACAUGUUUUUCAAGUACAAGGGUCCGGCGGCUCAGGAGGACAAAAAUGUUUUCAAGUCUGGUGAUGUUUGCUCAGCCGACGCAUUGACACGGACGAGUCAGAUGGCGGAAAGGAAUCAGACGAUCACCGAUCUGCGUCUGCACGAGGGAGUGAUGACACAAGAGGAUUGGAUCCGACUUCUUGGAUACCUGGAUUUCUCGCGGAUGGUCAACUGUAGCGUUCAGCAAACCAAUGUGUUGGCUCCGGCAACGUUACUCCAGAUUGCCAAUGUUGUCCUGAAGGACAGUGCAGUAUUGCAAUACUUUUAUGUGCGUGACGGCAGAGGCGUCGAUGAUGAUACGGCAGCGGUUUUGGAGACCAUAUUUGGGCCGAAGAAGGCGGACGUUGAGGGCGAGCAGGAGAGCAGCAAGCUCAUUGACCUUAACGGCUUUAUCCUCUAG